UCACUGACGUCAGUGCAGGACUAGGUUGCGCCAUUUUGAAAGUAGGAGCAGGGAGAGGGAAAUUUUGCUAGCAAGCAGCCAGCUAAACCAGAAGCGUUGCAAAGUGUUCCAAGGGAGCAUUGCUGAUUGUCAAAGUACUGCUAAGCAAGAUAAGUGACAUGAGAAGUUGAAGAAUAGUAGGGGAAAACAGCCACACACUCUAUAGCUUUACGAUUCCCCUGCACUCAGCGAGAUUCUCCUUGUACACACCCUAGCACGGCAAAGUGGAAAGAUAAGCAAGGGCCCCAAGCAAGCCCUCCUCGACAGAGAUUCCCUCUCACCACCAUGGCAGGAGCUGGCGGCGGAGGCAAUGAUGUGCAGUGGUGCUUUUCUCAAGUCAAAGGAGCGAUUGAUGACGAUGUGGCUGAAGCUGACAUCAUAUCCACUGUGGAAUUCAAUCACUCUGGGGAGCUACUAGCCACUGGGGACAAGGGGGGCCGCGUUGUCAUCUUUCAGCAGGAGCUAGAGAGCAAGAACCAGCCACAAUGCAGUGGAGAGUACAAUGUUUACAGCACCUUCCAGAGCCACGAGCCUGAGUUCGACUACCUGAAGAGCCUUGAGAUUGAGGAGAAGAUCAACAAGAUCCGGUGGCUGCCUCAGAAGAACGCUGCACAGUUCCUCUUGUCCACAAAUGAUAAAACUAUAAAGCUGUGGAAAAUCAGUGAACGGGACAAGCGACCAGAGGGGUACAACCUGAAGGAAGAGGAUGGGCGCUACAGAGACCCCACUACCGUCACAACACUACGGGUCCCAGUGUUUCAGCCCAUGGACCUGAUGGUGGAGGCCAGCCCCAGGCGAGUGUUUUCUAACGCACACACCUACCACAUCAACUCCAUCUCAGUCAACAGCGACUGUGAGACCUACCUGUCUGCCGAUGACCUUCGCAUCAACCUCUGGAACCUGGAGAUCACUGACCGCAGCUUUAACAUUGUGGACAUCAAGCCAGCCAACAUGGAGGAGCUGACAGAGGUGAUUACAGCAGCAGAGUUCCAUCCUAACCAGUGCAACACCUUUGUCUACAGCAGCAGCAAGGGCACCAUCCGCCUCUGUGACAUGAGAGCAUCAGCUCUCUGUGACCAGCACUCCAAACUGUUUGAAGAGCCUGAGGAUCCAAGCAACCGCUCAUUCUUCUCUGAGAUUAUCUCCUCCAUCUCUGAUGUCAAGUUCAGCCACAGUGGGCGCUACAUGAUGACCCGGGACUACCUAUCCGUCAAAAUCUGGGACCUCAACAUGGAGUCCCGUCCAGUAGAGACUUAUCAGGUUCAUGAAUACCUCAGGAGUAAACUGUGCUCACUCUAUGAGAACGACUGCAUCUUUGAUAAGUUUGAGUGCUGCUGGAAUGGAAACGACAGUGUUGUGAUGACGGGCUCGUACAACAACUUCUUCAGGAUGUUUGACCGAGGCUACCGGCAGGAUGUGACCCUGGAGGCGUCUCGGGAGAGCAGUAAGCCUCGCUCUGUGCUCAAGCCCCGCAAGGUGUGCACAGGUGGGAAGCGCAAGAAGGACGAGAUCAGUGUAGACAGCCUGGACUUUAACAAGAAGAUCCUCCACACGGCCUGGCACCCUCAGGACAACAUCAUCGCAGUGGCCACCACUAACAACCUCUAUAUAUUUCAGGACAAACUGUAACAAAUAUUCAAUGAACCCUUCAUAUCCCAGAUCCCACUUUAGCCCCACUAUUCUAGUCCCCAAAACCUCAACUGGAGAAGUGCAGCAUAACGCCUCUGUUUUGAUGUCUUUCUUCAUCUUAUUUUCUGUUCAGGGGGCUCCAACAGUACCACACUUCUCCUGCCACAUUGCAACUGUUGUCCACUACAUCCCAAAGGGAACACUUUUAUAACACUAGUCUUUGGGAUAUUGUUUAUUUUGUUAAUUUACUAUGUUGCUCAUUUAACGGUUUUGUAUAUACAAGAAUUUUUUUCUUUUGAUAGGAAGUUAUUUCAACUGGGUUCCCUCCCACCCCUCCAUUGUUGACACAGAUCACAACAUUGCUAUUCUUCACUGACCAAAUUGGCAAGCUGUCAGCUCUCCAUUUUUGUCCCAGGCCAUUUGUCAAGUUGCCAAGUUUGAUGUAGACACACACAUACACACACAAAAGCUCAACACAGUUGGUGGGCUGGGUUGGGGUCUGGGGGUAAUUUUGAGACGACUAUGUAAAAUAUACAGUUAGCCAGUCUGAGACUACAGACAAGGGUUAACAGUCUGGUAAGCACAGUGCCCUUCUCCAGAGGUAACCUACAGUAUGAAGCCGUUGCUUUUCCAAGUAAAUGGUAGUGGGCAGAGGCGUUGCAGCCUAAUCUCCCUCUUGCACUUAGAGUGCCACCAUGUACAGCUCAGCACAGAGGCUCCAGUGCAGUUAUUGCAGGAGAAAGACAGGCCUGCCUUGGCUGACCUGCAUGACUUGUCAGUUUUUAAAUGUGAGCGGCACCCAUUUGAACCUCUGCUGCUAAGUUCCAUGCAUGCGUCUUGACUUAUGCUUAUGUUUCUUGUAAAAUUUAAGUUUUCCCUCUGGAUCAAGUUUUUUGUUUGUAUGUUUUUUAAUGAUGUUUUGUACUUCAGAUAAAGAAUAAUCACUAUAAUUAGUUUAUUUUUGUAUGAAUUAAGAAGACAGAAAUAUUGAUAACCUUUAACCCCCUCACACUACUUGGUGUAGUCUGAUCACUGUUGUCUGUUAAGCUGUAGGUUUUUGACUGAUCUGUGGACUGAAGGAUUACUUGGACUGGUGAUAGUUAAUGUGACUUAUUGUAUGAGCAUUGUGUUAAAUUCAAGUGGGUUUAAAGAUGGAGUGCAUAUGAAUGUGCCAUUUAAGAAGGGCUUUAUGCAUGUUGAAUGUCCAAUAAGUAUUUUCAGGUAUGUGCCACUGCGGACUCAUAGUGGUCAUUCGUUUUUGUAAUAGGGUUACUUUAACCGAUAUUGACUGGAAUGGAUUCGGGUGCUUCUGAGUUUAUUAAGCUAGUUCAUUUGCGCUAAUUGUUUUAACUCCAGUGUGGAUUUGUUUGUUUGUGCCAUGGCUGUGUUUUCUAAACAUUUGCACUGAGUAAAAUAUCAUUUAAUAAUAAAUAGGCCAUUGUACGUAUGGGAAAGGCAUUAUCUGUUCGCUUCAGUUUGACUGAAGAAAUGCUCUUAACCGCGCGUUCACUGUGUCAGGUUUAUUGACUAGACAGGGUUACUGACUUGAAAUAUUUUAUGAAACACAAUGUUCUCUCUCUUUGAUUGUGCAUAAGUUCUUUAUGCAGGAAACAAACUCAACUGUUAAGUGAGGCAUGUGUUCGUGGGUAUCAUUGGAUGGAAUUACUGGUUAAUGUCAGCUCAGGGCAUUGGAGACAGUAUUUCAAAUGUACGGUAUUUCCAGCGUUUGUACUGUGUUUAGUUAAUGUGGCAUUCUUUGUUGAUGAUAUUUUGGGAGGUAAAUUAUUUUUUGUUCUGGCUGCAGCACAUGGCUAUGCGAAUACUUGAUUGUGCGCCAUUGGAUCGUAAUAAGUUAGCAUUAAGCUUAUCAAUUGAGUCUCAUUUACUAGUAAUGCUACCAAUAAGCACCAUGCAAUAAAGGUCAUUAGCUCUA